GGCAUUCAGACGCUUCAGCCCAUCACUCUGCAGCUGGAGCGAGUUUUCAUCCACUCAAGUGAUUUAGAGAAACACAGAUAAAAGGCAUCUGAGUGUAGGCGGAAAAGAACAGAUAUAAGAAGUUACUUGUUAAGACUUUAUUUCUUUCUUUCUUUGUCACGGUCAUGCGCUCUGGCUGCGCGCUCUGGACUCAACCUGUGGUGAUGGGUCGUGUCAGGAGAUGAGGAUCGGGCAGCGUGGGGAGCAGGGGCGCAAAAGGAAGUCUGGACACGAAGGUCACAUGGUGAGAAAAGGCUGAGACUGCCUCAUGUGUUGGGCCUCCUCUGAACUCUGGUCCCCACUGACCACCCUCCUCCCAGCAUCAGUGGGAUGUCCCAGGUGUGUCUCCCCUUGGCCUUGCUCGUGCUCUGCAGCUGUGCAAAGGUUUUCUCUACUAACUCCCUUGAGCUUGUGAAGGAGAAGUGGAGCAGCUACAAAAACCAGUGCCUGGACUACUUCAACACCACGCCCUCGUCUACAGGGCUGGUGUGUAAUAGGACCUUUGACCUUUACGCCUGCUGGCCCGAUGGACUCCCAGGAACCACUGUCAAUGUCUCUUGCCCAUGGUUUCUGCCAUGGUACCGUAAAGUCCAACAGGGUAUGGUCUACAGACUCUGCAAAGAAGAUGGCCAGUGGGCCAAGAAGAAUACCAGUGAAUGUGAGGAUGACCCCGGUGAGCAACAGUACGGACGGCUCCUCAGUCAGUUACGGAUCAUGUACACAGUCGGCUACUCUCUGUCCCUGGGAGCUCUGCUACUGGCACUGGGAAUCCUCAUCACCUUCAGGAAGCUCCACUGUAUGAGGAACAACAUCCACAUGAACCUGUUUGCCUCCUUCAUCCUGAGAGCCGUGUCCAUCCUGGUCAAAGACGCCCUGCUCACCCUCACCCUGGACCCCAGGAGCAACAGUGACACGCGGACACAAGCCUGGGUUAGCAUACCGGCUGUGAUGUGGUGUCGUGGUGCCAUGGUGAUGAUGCAGUACAGCGUGAUGGCCAACAAUUAUUGGCUGCUGGUGGAAGGCAUAUACCUGCACAGCCUGCUUGUCAUCACAGUGUUCAGCGAGAGGAGGUACUUCUUCAUUUAUCUGGCCAUCGGCUGGGGUGCUCCGCUCAUAUUUGUGGUGCCCUGGAUUACAGUGAAAUAUCUCUAUGAGAAUGAGGAGUGCUGGGAGAGGAAUAUUAACAUGGGAUAUUGGUGGAUCAUCCGCUCCCCUAUACUGUUUGCUUAUCUGAUCAAUUUCUUCAUAUUCAUCCGAAUAAUAAAAAUUCUGAUGUCGAAACUCAGAGCUCAUCAGAUGAGAUACACUGAUUACAAGUUCAGACUGGCAAAGUCCACUCUCACUCUAAUCCCACUGCUGGGGAUUCACGCCAUCCUCUUCACCUUUGUCAUUGACGAGUCAGUUCCCAAAGGCUCCAUGCUGCGCCUCAUUCGCCUCUUCUUUGACCUCCUGUUUAAUUCCUUCCAGGGUCUGCUCGUUGCCAUCCUCUACUGCUUUGUCAACAAAGAGGUACAGUCUGAGAUGCUGAAAAUGUGGAAGAGGUGGAAGCUGGGUAAGGACAUUGACGAGGAGUACCGCCACACCCACAGCCAGACGCCGCACGUCAAGGGUGGCAGCAUUGCUGCCGGCAAUCUGAUGACUGCCGACGACCCCAGCGGUGACUCACCUCGCCUCAGCAAAACUGACAGAGGCCCAUCCUGCUCCGUCGCACCGGAGGAGAACCGCCGACUGGUUGUCGCCUACAGCAACGGCACUGGGAAGGGCCGCUUCACCAAGGGCAAACACUCCCUGCACUUCUCUUUCAUGCCACACCGAGGCCCCACCAGCCAUGCCAGCACCACCACAGAGCAUGUGUGUCUGGAGGAGCGGGCCCAGAGUCACAUAAACGCUCUGAAAGCAGAGGAGACGAAUGUCUGAGGACAAAGCUGCUCUGAGCCCUCUUCACGUAGAACUCACCCUGAUUAUGCUUAUCGUUGUUUGAGAUCAGUGUUUAUCAUGCACCAAGAGGACAUUUGAAACAAGUGUUUAUAGGUUUUGGGACAUGGAGCAAGAAAGCACUUAGUGACUUAAAAAUAUCAGGACUGACUGAGCUAUGUAUGAUGUUUUCAAGUAUUUUGAAAUAUUUUAAAUAUAUUAAAUAAGAUAUAGCUCAUAAAACAGCUAAAAAGUAAAAAAAAAGAAAGAAAAAGAAAUAGUCCUAUAGUCCUUUUUCCAUCAAUGGCCAAGUUUUCUUUAAUCAAUCCUAUGAUAGAUAGAGCUGAGUAUGAAAGACAAUUAGUCGAGUGUGUGUAUCAGUAUCAUAAUUAUGUGCCGCUGUUGCCAUUUUCUGCCAUUGUGUUGCUUUUUUUGCGGUACUCUUUUAUUUUGUUUUUAUUGGUGCCGGUUUGAACUUGAAUGUCUUGAAGGUCAUGGACAUCGCAACAAAGACAGGACUGAGCGAGUCAUUGGAGGUCGCUGACUCCUCUGUGACCAUCAGCUAGUGUUUGCCAUGCUCAGUCAGACCCAAAGUGUUUUAUCCUCACUGCUCAGCUAUGAAAUUUAAGUUAUUCUGGUUUAAGCCAAAACUGAAAAUGAUAAAUGUAGGCGUUACAUCAGGUCCUCUUCUUUGAAUGUAUCUGAACAAUGUAGAAAUAUGUAAAAUUGAAACAUGUAAAUGUACAUAUGUAAGUAAAAACACAGCACCUGGAAAUGUUUCUUUCAGCAAUGAGAUUUGAUGAAAAUCAUCGCUGUCAUGUUGUUGCUUCCAUUGUUGCCCACCCGCUGCACAUUUACCCAGUUACACAGUACUACUGAUAAAGACAGAACACACAAUGUACAGAUAAGUGCUUUUAUAUGGCAGGAAGGUUCUUAAAGUAAGUGCGUUACAAGUCCUAACAUAAUGUACUACAUUGUACAACACUACAUUGCCAAUUGCCUUUUUUUUUCUCCAGGCUUUGUGACACAAAAUGUGCAGAACCACCGUCAUUCCUUCGACUUCAGGAAAUGAAAACGAGACAUUUGCAACAAAGUUCUGCAUCAAGGAGAAAAAAGGAGCGUUCCCAUGUAAAUAGUAAUCUAAGUGAACAUUAUAAAGACAAAGUGAGGCGGUCGUUUCUCUGUGUAUUUGCUUUUAGUCCAGGUGAGUCCAAAAUGAAAAUGAACAAGAGACAACCACAGUUUCUUUGCAGAACCUGAUUGUGCCUGUUGCUUCAUUUCAAAUGUUGCAGCCGCAGGAGGAGCCCAGAGCAAACAAAGCAGACGCUUUUAUAUAAAAGUCAAAUUGUUGUGCUUGAUAUGUCUCUGUGGAUCCCAUUAAAAUGAUAUA